AGCUAGAUAAACUGAUCUAAUGUAUCUAGAUAUAGAUCUAUUCUAGUACUACAUUCCACAUUUUCGAAGUUUAAACAGUGUUACAUAAGUUACAACUGGCAAUAUUCCGUUAGCUGUUAGCCCUAAUCAAAUCAACUAUCCCAUUUAGGCAGCACAUAGUACACUUUCACAUUUGAAGAAACAUGUCGAUAGAUAUCAGGCUGGCCAAUUCUCGCACUUCAGUUCCAGAAUUAUACCAAACCGAUGAUCCAGGCAAUAUUGUUACACCUGGGGAUAUAAUAACGGCUGAUACAGGCUUUAUGAGGGGUCAUGGCACCUAUAUGGACGAGGACUGCCUUCACGCUUCAGUGGCUGGCUCUGUGGAAAGAGUGAAUAAACUGAUAUCUGUACGACCACUUAAAACCAGGUAUAAUGGAGAAAUUGGAGAUGUUGUGAUUGGUCGUAUCAUUGAAGUGGCUCAAAGAAAGUGGCGUGUAGAAACCCACUCUAGAAUGGAUUCUAUACUCAUGUUGUCCUCUGUCAAUCUACCAGGCGGAGAAUUGAGACGUAGGUCUGAAGAAGAUGAAAAAAUGAUGAGAAAUUAUCUCAAGGAAGGAGACUUGAUCAGUGCUGAGGUCCAAAAUGUUAUGUCAGAUGGCUGCCUUUCACUGCACACUCGCAGCCUUAAAUAUGGAAAACUUGGUCAAGGGACAUUGGUCAAAGUAUCUCCAUCUUUAAUACUGCGUCGUAAAACUCACUUCCACAACUUACCAGUUGGCGCUUCAGUUAUCCUGGGCAACAACGGCUAUAUCUGGAUCACACCCACAGAACAUGUUGAGGCAGGCGAGACGGGCGGGUACCAGACCAACCUCCAGCCAGUUUCAAGGUCAGACAGAGAGGCAAUAGCCAGACUACGCAACUGUAUCCUGGCCUUGGCUGACCAGCAGAUGCUCCUCUUUGACACCAGCAUCCUCUACACAUACGAGGUCUCCAGUAAAUACAAUGUGAAAGAGCUACUCAAACCUGAAGUCAUCCUUGAGGUCGUCGACCUUGUUCAACAGAGACUUGAGUUAGAGGGGGGUUGAACCACCAACAUUGUAAAGUAAAAAUUGUUUCACCAACACCAUAACUGACACUACCCUAUCCUCGGCUGAUAAAAUAAAAAAUAUUAUUUACAAAUGGCUUUAUGAAUUGAACCUCUCUGGCCCCCAUCAUUAAUGAGCCCAGCAC